CCGGGACGCGACGCGGCCGACGCGCGAAGACUGCGCGCGAUCCGAGCGCGAUGCGCGCGUUCAACGCGCCCGCGGCGACGGCGACGCGCGGUGCGGUGACGACGGCGACGCGACGACGACGCGCGACGACGAUGGAGGGACCGAGCGCGACGAUCGCGGCGACGACGAUGCGCGCGAGGCGAUGGGAACGCGCGCGAGGGUGCGGGAACGGGCGCGCGGGACGCGCGGUCGUCGCGCGGGCGACGGCGAGGCGCGCGGCGGUGGAUCUGCGGAAGGUGAUCGAGGAUUUGUGCGAGGGGGCGGAUUUAUCCGAGGAGGACGCGCACGCGGCGAUGGAGGCGCUGCUGGACGCGGAUCCGACGCAGAUCGCGGCGUUUUUGGUGCUGCUCCGGGCGAAGGGGGAGACGGCGAGCGAGAUGGCGGGGUUGGCGCGAGCGAUGCAGUCGAGAGCGGUGACGGUGGACGCGGGGGACGACGUGCUGGACAUCGUCGGCACGGGGGGGGACGACGCGGGCACGGUGAAUAUUUCCACUGGAUCGUGCGUGUUGGCCGCCGCGGCGGGAGCGAAGGUGGCGAAACACGGUUCGCGAUCGGUGUCUUCGCUGUGCGGGUCGGGCGACGUGCUGGAGGCGCUCGGCGUGGACAUCGAGCUGGGACCGGAGAGCAUGAAGCGCUGCGUCGAGGAAGUCGGCGUCGGAUUUAUGUUCGCGCCGAGAUAUCAUCCGGCGAUGGCGAAGGUCUCGCCCGUGCGCAAGGCGCUCAAGGUGCGAACGGCGUUUAACAUGUUGGGCCCGAUGUUGAACCCGGCGCACAGCAAGUACGCGCUCGUCGGCGUGUACAGCACGGGGGUGCAGCAACUCAUGGCGGACUCGUUGAUGAAGCUUGGGAUGAAGAAGGCGUUGAUCGUGCACUCCAUGGGAUUGGACGAACUCACGCCGGCGGGACCCGCGGACGUCGUCGAGGUGACGCCGAGCGGCACGCGCGCGUACACGUUCGAGCCGAAGGAUGUCGACAUUAAGCCGUGCACGCUCGAGGAUUUGCGCGGCGGCGACCCGACGACAAACGCGAGAAUUUUGCGAGCCGCGUUGGAGGGUGAGAAGGGCCCGGUCGCCGAGACCCUGAUUUUGAAUGCCGGCGUCGCUAUGGCGGCCGCGCAGCAAGCGAAGGACGUCGUGGAAGGCAUCGCCAUGGCGAGAGAGGCGCACGAGAGCGGCAAGGCGGGCAAAACGCUCGACUCCUGGAUCAAGCUCACCCAAGAAUUGAGAAAGACCGAGGCGUAG